AGUUCAGUGACGAUUUUUUAUUUUUAUUUUUUUGUUGAGCUGUGCAGGGGAGAGUUAAUCUCAACCAAUUUUCUCAGACAAACCCUAUUUCAUCAGCAUACUUGAGUUGAGUUCGCCGAUUUUCUCCGGGAAUCUCAUCUCAGAAUCAGAACCAGGUAUGCCAUUGCAAUUUAUUGUUUUCAUGAACUUUUUCGCCGAUUUUCUCCGAGAAUCUCAUCUCAGAAUCAGAAUCAGGUCGCGAACAAUGAGUAAAACUGGAACUGGAAGUUUUCAUGAACUUUAUUGUUUUCCUUUUUACAAUUUGAGGAUAGAAAUCUCCGAUUGAGCAGGAGGUCUCUAUAUAAUAGGAUUAAUUCUUUUGAUCAAGUCAUCAGAAAGCUCGCAAGUUUUAAUUAUGGGCAAACCGGUCUCUCGGUCGGAUUCGAAAUCUAAAGCCGAACGAAAAUUUCAAAAGAAGGUCCAGUUUUAUGAGAGAGUUGGAGAAACCGUUACUGCCUUGAAUGCUCAAAAAACCAUUAGUAAGAACUCAAAAAAGCGAAGUCGAAAAAAGCAGUUGAAAGCUUUCGAUCUGACCACUCUGUCAGAGUUUCUUCCUGGAUUGGAGGCUCCUAAACAAAAAUCUUCUGCAGCCGAGUUAAAAGUAAAUUGCAAGUCCAGGCUAAAGUUUAUAUUGAAGGAAAGAAAGCAGAUGGGUACAGUUCUUAAUCACCCUGCAUUCCAGGCAGAUCCCUUGAAAGCUAUUCAUCUACAUUUGGAGAGCACACAGCCAGUUGAGGAACCAAAGAAAAAAAAUACGAACAAAAAUGGGAGCAAGAAGAGGAAAGAGAAAAAGUUGAAGGCUUCUGCAGGACCUCAACAAAUGUGUGUUGGUCUUUUUGGUCUUAGUCUUGAUUAAUUAAUUAAUGUUUUGUUUUGAUGAUAACAAACACAUUUAGUGUAACGGUUUUGAAUCUCCUAAGUUGGAGUUAAAAUGAAAAAAAGUUAUUGAGAAAACAGAAAACAUCUUAUUUUGAA